AGGGGCUUUAUCAACAGAGGGCAGCUGUCGUAGUCCUAUUAGGAACCUCUCCACAAGCCUGUCUGUGCUACAACUUGCAAACACGAGGCACCAUUUGAAAAAUGAAGAUCAGUUAUCCAUACCUCAGUCAGCUCCUGUAUCUCCUGCUCCCUCUACUGGUGACUGAGGGUUGUCCAUCUGUGUGUUCCUGUUCAAGGGGGUAUGUUGAUUGCAGUGGCCGUAUGCUAAGAGGCAGCAACUUGCCCAAUGCCUUCCCUCCCGACUCCAGAGAGAUCCAUCUCCAUGACAACCAGCUCACUUCUCUGCCCAAUGGCUUGCUGGACCAUAUGCUCGCCCUGCACUCUGUGUCUCUCUAUGGCAACCCUUGGGUCUGUGACUGUGGCGUGCUCUACCUGCGCAGCUGGCUUCUCAGACAGGAGAACCGCAAAAACUAUCGCAAUAUCACCUGCAGCUCGCCUCCGGGUCUGCAGGGGAGGCUAGUCAUGUACUUGGCAGAGGAAGAAGUACUGGAGUCCUGCAGGUACUGGUACUGCAGCCUGGCGCUUGCCUCACAGGUCAGCCUCUUCAUCUUCAUAGUGCUGCAGGCCAUCCUGCUGGCCUCAAUCAUCUUUUUUCUGCGCCGUUUUGAAAAACUGUCCCGUGAAGCCCGAAGGACAGUUCAAGAAAGCUUCGCAGGAGAUGAUGGAGGGAAUGGAGAAGAAUAUGUGCCACUAAAAGGACUGCCUGAAACUGGGAGCAAAAGGGGGACAAGGUGAGGGGUGCUUGUGUACAUGUAAGAGUGUGAGCCCUGAAAUAAUUAGGCGUUCCCUGGAAGAGGAUAGCUGUACAAUUUCUGCUUCUGCACAGACACCCAUUAUUGCAUAAUAAUUUGCUCAUUUUCAUGCAGUUCAAUGGCAGCUGGAUAGGCUGUGCGUUUUCAUUUCACUCAUCGGGCGUACCUUGUCCUGUAUAAAAGAUUAUUACAAAAGUAAUUUCCUAGUAUAAAAGUAACAUUGUCUAUUGAAUAGCCAAGAAGGAUUCUAUUUUGAUACACGGCAGGUAACCCCUAAAUCAACAAAGUGAUACUUCCUACACAAAGGGCCUUGUUUUAUCCCCUCAGAAUUGGAAAAAGUAUGUGAAACAUUGUAUUGGAAUAAAAAAGUUAUUGUAUUCAUUGUCUCUUUAAUUAAACAGAAAAAAUCAUUUACCAAA